AUGGAAGCCUCUCGCGAGAAGCCGAUCCAUCAGCAGCCGAAGCUCUGCGAGCAUAUCCUCAGCCAUGCUUCCAAGUCGGCCGUUCCCCUCCGCAUUGGCGCAUCCUCGAUUCCUCAGGCUGGCAGUGGGCUGUUCGCUGUCAAUCACAUUCCUGCUGGGUCCGAGAUUUUUCGCUCUAGCCCGCUCGUCGUCGUGGCCGAGUCUGCCCACCAAAACGUUUGUGACUUCUGCUUUCUGAAUCGUGGAUCAUCGGUCAAUCGCGAUGGCCAAUUCUACGGCAGCAUUGAAAAUGAGGAACGGCCGGCACUCACUCGCUGCGGGGCCUGCAAGGUCUCGUAUUACUGCUCAAAGACAUGCCAGACCAAGGCGUGGAAGAGCUACCACAAACGGGAAUGCAAAUUCCUGCGAGACAAUCCGCGCAUGGCAUCCUUGGAUCAAGCGUUGUGUCGACUGCUCGUCUGGAUCAAACAUAGGACCCUCUCCGAAGAUGACAUGCGUGCUAUCGUGGCAUUGGAGACCAAGUUCGACGCCCAGCUCGAACAAACGCGCCAGGCGGCCGGUGACGAGGGACCUGGCAUCGACAAGUCUCUUCACGUCGCUCAGAACCUACACGCUGUUGUCAAGCCGGGCAUCAGCCUGAGUCUGUGCCGCCAACUCUACUGCAUGCUCGCUAUCAAUUGCCUCGCCAUACGCCCUCCCGAGUUACAGAUCGCUUACGGGACCUGUCUCGACCUCGUGGUGUCACUCAUCAAUCAUUGCUGUGAUGAAAACGCACACAUCUUCUUCGAGGGACGAGAGCUGAGGUGUCGUGCCGUGAAGAACAUAGCAGCUGGGACAGAGAUCACCGUGUGCUACCAAGAUAGCCGGCAAGAUGUCCUCCAUAGGCGCAGCCUUUUGAAAGACAUCUUCUUCUUCACCUGUGACUGCAGCAAAUGCAAGUCCGAAACGGCGCAGCAUAUCGCCGCUGCAGUCAAGCGCCCAAACUACCUCGAAAUUCUCAGGGAGGCGCAGGAUGAUCUGAACAAAGUCGUGCACAAAUAUACCUUGGCAUCUGAGCGCUCGGCCAGGAACAUCAAAACCAUCAUGGAUUAUCAGACCGAGCUCCUUGACAUCGAGGAAAAGGUCUUCCAGGGUAGCAACUGGCCUGACCACAUCGAACCGAUGCCAUCAGCCCUUCGCGAUUUGGGUGGCAUGUACUUGGAGCUCAAGUACGUCGUGGGCCUGGAGUUUGUUCUCAAAGGCACCUUCUACUCACGCACCCAAGACGACCCCCGCUGGGUGCUCGACCUGAUGAAGCUCGUCAAAUACAUCCUCUACCUCUCACAAGAGAGAGAUGACGUGCUCAACUGGACUGGUGCUGCACCACCUCAGGUACUAGGGGGCCGGCCCACCCUCUUUGAUACUGCUAGGGGAUAUCUCGUCCACGUGUGCCUGAGUGGCAAGUUUACCUUUGGCCUUGACACGAAGUACGUCCAGGCCCUGUACCACUGGGCGGGCAACCUGAUCGAGCGGCCUGGAGAUCCGGGCAUCGACACGAAGGCCUUCCAAGAGCGUUUCAAGAGUUCGCAGGACAAGCUUCUCACCUGGGCAAAGAUGAAGACGGGCCGUGGCCUGGAGCUGCCCUCUCUCCAGGUCAUGGUCGGAUUUCGAAAGGACGUUGCUGAGGCAGCGGAAGGUGACAAGUGA